UUUUCUCUCCUUCUCUUCCCCCCCUCCUUGGCAGCCGCUUCUCUCUUUUCCCCCAUUCUUGCCGGCGAGAUCCUCCAUCGUCGUUGAAGCCAGCAGCCGCUGGCAGCUAUUGCAUCUCCCCUUUGUUCUUCCUCCUCUUCUCCCUCCUUCUUCUCUGUCUCCUUUCUCCCGUCGCCCAACCUCCUCCUUCCCUUCUCCCUUUCGUUCUCUCCAUUUUGCUGGCGAAAACAGCAGAACCAGGCACCAGCAGUGCGCGUAGCAGCAACGCUUGGAGAGCCGCAGACAGGAGUAGCAGGCCAAGACCAGCAGCCCCAUCGGCGGAGAAGACGCCAGCCAACAACUCCGACGCCAGCCAACAACUCCGACUCCAGCGCCACCAGCAGCAGCGACAACAGCUCCAAACACAGCCGCUUCCCCUCUCUUCUCGCCUUUCUCCGACCAGCAGCCCCAGCGCCCCCUCUCUUCCUCCUCUCAUCCGCUUCUUCCAUCUCCUCCCGGCGAGAAGCGACCAUUGGUGAAGCCUCCAGCGAAACCAGCAACCUAGCGAGGAGAGCAGCAAGCAGUCACGGGCGAAAAUCCAGCAGUUGCGAUCAUCGGUGGGAGCAAGCAGCAGCUCCGGCCAGCGUGAACAGCAACCAGAAACAACGAGAUUUGGCGUUGUUCAAAGGUCUCAUGUUCGUGAAGAUGAACAUUGAUGGUCCCAAUCCGACAAAUGAAGCAGCCCCACAGUAAAUAAAUCAAAAAUUUGGAGUAGCACAACCCGACAACAUAACAAUUCGUCCCUACAAAUUAUAUAAAUUAGGUUUGGUGUUGGGAGAGGAUCUUGCCUGUACAGCCAUCAGCUCCUCCUCAACAUGAUGGUGACAUGUUACUUCCAUAUGCUAGGCGUUGGACGCGUGGAAUUGAUAGGGAUACCGAGUCACAUCAUGUUCUUAUCCCGAUCAGAGACCAGUUAAACCGCAUGACGGAGGAUCAGUUUCGAUGGACACUGUACAAUGAAAUUUUACAUACACUGCCUCAUUGUUGUAUGGUCGAUGAGCCUCUAUGGAUGGCAUGUGUCCCUAUGUUUUGCCUAGAGAUUGUUGAAGUGCACUCGCCUGAUAGAGUAAUGCGUCAGUUUGGUCAUUCCCAGCAUGUACCUGUGAUUCCUAGUUGGGGAACCAACCACCACGCGCAUGAUCAGCGUAGGAGGCUUGGAGCAGAGGUUCUUGAAAUGAUGGAUAAAUAUUUUUGUGAUUGGGGUAAUCGACAUCAGAGUUUAGCUGUUGAGGUAAAUGAUGGUACUAGCGGGGCAGGGUAUAGAUUAUGGUACAUGCGGCAUGGAAGAUUGCUUAUAGGUAGGCCUACAUUAGAGGUUGACGUAUCGUCAGGCUUUGUUCAUUUUGCUGGUACUAGUAUUGCAAUGUCCAGAGGACUAUUUAAAUUGUAUAGUCUUGCAUUACAGUGGCAGAGAGACACAACCUCUGCUUUACAUGGUGAAAAGGUAUCUCAGAUUGUUAAAGAUACAUUGCUUGAGGCCGGAAUACAAUUUAGAGAGCCAUUUUUUGAGGGAGAUCCUUUAUUUGAACAUGUGCGUGCAAGAGGACCCAGAAGUGGACGGAUGGGGCAUAGAGGUAGAGCUCGAGGACGCGCUCGAGGAUGUGGCGCUGGUGGUAUACCUAUUCCUCCAGACAUAGGGGCAGAUGUGAGAGUAGAGGCUGAUGAUUUGCAUGUUCAUCAGUUUGGCACGUCAGAUAUCAUGAAUUUAUUACAUAUGUCAUUUGAUCCUUAUUCAAGAUUGACUCGAGAUGUGGAAGGAAUUGGACAUAUGAGCUAUGAAUCAACAAUAGAUGUUGGAGAUUAUAUACCUGAUAUCGCGGGCACAUCAGGUACUGUCCGUUUUGACACUGAAGAUACUACUAUUUAUAACACUCAAGAUUUUAUUGAAGGAUUGUUUGAUGAUCCAAUUAAGUUGCAGGAAGGGACUAUCAGGCCAAUACUUUUCACCGCCGAGUGGAUUGAAUUGUCCAAAGUAGGCAUUUUUGUAGCUACGCACAGUGAAUUCUGGUGCCAUAUGCUCCCAUGCUUGAUACCCAAUUUGAUCAAAUCCCUUUAUUGCAUGAGAACAUGGAAUAUGGUAUGAUUGCCAUUUACCACAUUGACAUUUUCCUUGUGAUGCAUUUACAAUAUGCUUAUUACCAUCACGACCAUGAUGCAUAUGUGUUUUCACCUCAAAUAUGUUUUCCCUUUGUUGGUGAUAGUUGAUCAGUGUGUGAUGUUUUGACUUUUUUCGAUUAUCCUAAAAAAUCUUGAAUGGUUUA